GGCGCAGCACGACACGCGCCAUCGAAUGUAGCAACCGCGCAGUUCAUGGUUGCGCGGUUAUCAAAACGAACUGGCUUUGCCGUCAUUCCGAUCCCGUAAGGGUAUCAGUAACGUUCCUGCUGCCGUAGAAGAUCGGAAGAGGAAGACCGAGACAUAGUCUAUCACGCACAUUCGAGUGUCGAAGCUUUUGACGCAUCGUUGAAAAUGUUCACCGGACUUACGAAUCAGAUGUCGACGUGGAUGGGCAAGAAGGCCGAGGACGGUACCACGGAAAUGCCGGCGGAGAAAAAAGUUACAUCGCCCGAGGGAGUCGAGGGAGAAGUCGACGGGGAAAGGAAAGAUAGCCCAACCAAAGGCGGCAGCAGCAAGCUGGAAAUGCUGGCUGGCGUGAAGACUCAGAUGACGGGUUGGUUUAGCGGUGGCAUACCGGGAUUGAGCCGUGCUCACGGUGGCGAAGGCGAAGUUCAAGCAUCGGGAGGAAUGAACGAGACCCAGGUAGCACCAAACUCUCAAGCUGCCGCGGAACAGGCUAAAGAUGAUGACGCCAGCAGGCUGAUUUCCAGGAAUCCUAGGACAGUACACAACAGGGAAAACAGAGACUAUGCUACUGGAGGCGCAGACAGCGGACCUGGAAGCCUGGAAGGUUCUCCAACUGAUGACAAAAAUGGGCCGCAGCCGUUCGGCGCCGUUUCCACGAAGGCGCUGGAAGGCGCUAAGAGCUUGGGCGGAUUUUUGUACAGCGCUGUGAACAAGGCUGGCAAGAGCGUCGUAGAAGCUGGUGUCAAGAUCAAGAAGACCGUCGAGGAGAAUAGAUUGGUCGCCGAACUGAACAAAGAACAGGAAGCGUUCAUUGCUAACAGACACACUGAAAAGGGAGAGGCCGUUGCACCGUGGGUCGGCGCUCCGAACGAGGAUGUAUUACGAGAGGAAUGCUUAUCUCUUUCGACGAAUCAACGUAACUUCUUAAGGCCCCCGCCCGAGGGAGUCAAUUUUGGAUGGAACUUCGAAGCUGUCCAACCGAUGGCGCAGGCUAUUCUCGCUUUGGAUCCCAAUUUGGAGAAUAUGAGGUUCCAGCUGGUCCCCAAAGUCAUAUCCGAAGAGAAUUUCUGGAGGAACUACUUCUACCGGGUGUCGGUUCUCCGUCAGAGCCACGAGCUGAACGCGAUGGCCCACCAGGCGGAAAACGACCAGAACCUGACCUCCACCGAAAUCGUGGAUCAACCUGAAGUUCAAGUGACCACUGGCCAGGAAACCAGCGGAACCAUGACCACCAGCAGUAACAGCGCGCUGGCCGAUUCGCCAGGCCACGAAUUCGUGUCCGAUAGCAUGAGGAUCUCGGACACGGACCUCGAAGAGGUCCGAGAGGGCAUGAAAAAGUUGGGGAUGCAGCCACCGAAAGAAGAAGAGUGGGAACGCGAAUUGGAGGCCGAGCUGAAGGAUUACGAGGUGGUUACGGGCAACGAGAUGAAGAGCGCCAUCGCAGCGCCUGUCGUCGGGCACCACGCGACGGAUAAAGAUUGGCAGAAGCAUAUCGACGACCUUUUAGCCAACGUGGACGACGAGGACCUCAAGUGAGCCGAGGAGAUCCUCUUUGCGACCGGUUAGAGACGAUCUCGUCGCUUCAAUUGAGAUCCUGUUCAUCGUGUCAGAGAUCGCCGGGGGUGGGUUUGUGUCUUUCUCUUCCUUCAACCUUCCUCCCAGGAAGUGAGGAGAUCGCUUCUCUAGGCGAAAGGAUCUCCGGGUUGGGUCCUCUCUUCCCUUUCGCUUUCUACCUGUCUUCUUUGAGAUGCUGCCCGCAAAACCGCGAGAAUAGAGACCCACUUAGAGGAUCUACGGUGUUUGAGAAGUCAAUUUGAAGUCAAGGCGAAAGGUUUUGGUCGCUCGAGGUCAGCAGUCCCCCCACCAGGACUUUGGCCAGUCUAGUACCGCCCAGAGGCGGAGCUUCUAUCCCCACUCUGCAUUGGAUCUGUAAGGAGUAGGGGCUCUUCUACUGAUCAACUCUGAACUGGGUUACCACAAGUUGAACGAAAGCAGCCACGAUGAGCCUUGCGUGACGUGUUACGGGAUACCAUAGAGGAGCUUAGUAUCGAAUGAUGCGUUUGAAGAUACAGCGAGAUACCUUUUUCCCUGGCAAUGUCAUUUGUGGCUCAACGCGCUUUGCUGGCAACCACCUCUGAACUAAACAACAACUCCAAACCUUGAUCACAUCGCUACUUUUGAAGCCACAAAGAAGCAAAUUACAAUCCCUACAAACUCAAACUAAGUAUCUAUUUACCAAGUCAUUUCUUAAACCUGCUUAUACUUGUUUCAGUAAAUUCGUUCUCCAAAAUUGUCUCGUCCAAACCAAGAGACACAGUGUACACCUAGUACGAUUCCUCCUUGUGUUGAUUCACAACAGAAGAUAAGUCUAUCUUGUGGUUUGUUCUUCUUAGAAUUAUAUUUGUCCUCUUUUACAUUUAAAUGAAAUCUUAUUCUAAGCCUAGCCAAACAUCGUAUCCUAUACAACGACCCUAUACGAAAGAGUUAUACCCUGGCCUUGCGCGAUUUCCAAUCGGGCGGACGACCUUGAGCGGUGAAUACCUUCCGUCGCGACCUACACUCUCGAAAUUGGGGUCUCGAGUGCUCGAUAAAACCGAUUAAAUCGAGAGCACUGCAAGUUACGCCCACUGCGGAGCGUCGUGGGUGUUCGGCGUGGUAUAUAACGCGAGAAUAAGGCAGGGCGAAAGCGGGCAGGGAAGAGGAAACGAGGGUGGUCGAGACGACAUUUCGUUCGCCACGGACGAUUGCACCGGAGAGGGGCGAAGAAAAGAGGGGACUGGAGGGGGAAGUAAAAAAAAAAAAAUAAAAAAAGAGUCUCUUCCUUGUUUCCGCUUCUCCAGGUUUGUUUGUCGUCACAGACGGCACGUUUGCGAUCCUCGAGCACGAUGAAGAUGAUGGAAUUGAAAACAAUGAAUCCGAGUGAUCGGAGAGGGAAGAAGGGAUUGGUCCUGGUUACGCUUGUACAGACUGUAAAUUAUUUUGUCGAUCGAUCGAUCUCGCUUCUAGAACCUCCGUCGAUUCCAUCCGUCGACGAUCACCGAAUUCGCGGAUCUACCGGAUAUGCGCGUGUAUCGGUGGACGGGUGUGAACGCGAGUAAACGCGACGAGGAAUACGUAUCACUUUAACGCCACACUUUAUGUCAAUUGUUAGACGACGCGUUCUCCGGUUAACGAGGACGAAUCGAUGUAAAACAAAUGGAAAAAUGUACACGCCCCCCCAUGAACGGAAAAUGUUUAAGACCCGAGGGACAAGGAAUUUUGAAAACAAUUUCUCGUUUGUAACGAUUCUCGAUCCGUUAAGAUAUUUAAUUAAAGAAACCAAAAGAGAUAACGCGUGAAAAUCGUGCCAGCCGCGGUGUCGAACGCGUUAUACGAUGUUAACUCGAAAUGCACUGUGCUACGGAGUAUGUACACGACUCGAUUAGAGGGAAAAAUAAAAGAAAAAAUCAAAAUUUGAAACACUCUUCAUCGGGUUCGAAGGAUCGACGACUUUCCGAUAUUAUUACACUGCCGUGUGCCGAAGGACACCGUUUCGAAACCGAUCAACGCGUGUCGUCCGAUUUAUUUUUUACGAAACGAACUCGAUGGAUCGGACACGCUUUUCCUCGAUAAAGGAAACCAAAAACUAUACAAAAAAUAAAAACAAUGUAAACGGAUACGUUUCAUCGUGGAUUCGUCGCAUGCCAAAGAUCAACUCGAUUUCGACGAGCUUAUUCGCGAUCCGCGACGAUGCAUCCACGGAUGAGAUGAUUCAUGUCUAGAUAAAAGCAUCGAAUAACGAAUAAAGGACGAGCAACUCGUUGUUCGUUUAAUUAAAAUUGACAUUUCAAUUGUAUAAAUUGUAUUUUACGUUUGAGGAAUCGGAAUUCUACAAACGACUGUUAUUCGUACAAAAUUUGGCCGUCUCUGGAUCUAUCUUGCGCGCAACGAUCGAUCGAGAGAUUAUUUUUAUCGUUAGGAGACGUAUUGUUGAUGUUCGCGUCGCGAGAGAUAUAAUUGUUCUUUUGUUGAAUUCGCAGAUUUAAUUGUUAUACGUGUCGCGCUAUGUAUUGAGUAUAUUCACUUGUGAUCCCUCAAGGGUAGGACUCCAGCUGUUCCCUUUCAAUCUUAACGUUUCCUUGCAGAAUGGUGUAGUGUAUAUUGUUGCUCAAAUAUGUGUGCAAAACAUUGGACGUGGACAUUUGAUAGGUUUAGAGAUAUAAUUAAUUAAAUUUCCACGUUAUCUUUGAGUUAAAUUUUGGUAGAUUAUAUUCACUUAUGCAAAAUAAAAUAUUAAUAUUAUUACGUAAAUUUAAGAAAUAUAUUUCAACAUGUGUUAAUAAAUUCAGAAAAUCCACAGUCUAUCAAGUCCAUAUCAAAGACACCUGGAAAAACAAUACCCAAUCGUUGAUACGAGGUUGGUUAAAUUAUUAGCUAUGUUUCUUUCGUUGUAUUAAAGUUUUAUCGCAAUAUCCUUCCUAAGUAAAUAAUUUAAGGUGCUCACACCUCGAUGGAACGUUUACAUAUAAAAUUUUCAUUUCAUUCCUAAAGUGAAAUUAAUUCCUGAAUUGUACUUGUAAUUAUUUAUAUUUCUACACAUUAAACAAUGUGUUUUUCGUCAUCCUGCAAGACUAGCUUAAAAUUAAAAGAGAACACGUUGGAUCCUCGGCUAGCAGUGUCCACGCAAGAGAGACUCGGACCAGGAAACAAUUAAACAAGUCACCGAAUCGAUAGAAGUAUACAGUCGUCGUGUAUAGUCGUAGGCCGCAACAACAAUUCCUCGACGAUGAUUUUCUCCGUGCGACAUGCCGUCCAAUAAUUCCCCUGCUCUCGAUGGAACUGGGGCAAAACAACAAUUUGUGGAUAGAGGGAAAACCGCGGAGACGAUAAAGGGUUGCGCUCCGCGAGCAAACGAUCGUUGCCUGGAAUUGCUUGGAUCAAGUUUUGGAUAUACUGGGCUAUAAAGUAGCGUUUCGUCGAGGUUUGAAGUCUUUCUCGCGUGGACGGUGAAAUUAACGCCAGAAAUUGAAUCUUUUGAUUCUUAAUGUUACAUGCAAAAAAGGAGGAGGUAUUAUUUGUUACCCUAACAAUUGGGAGCGAUUAGUCGAGAAGAUACAGGAACAGUUUGCAUGGUAUUCUUGGUUUUAAAUAUAAAUUGAGCUUGGUAUGAUCAGAAGCUCUUUUCUCUAUAAACUGUAGGCAGGAGUUAAUAACAAUGUCGAGUACGUGGAUACAAACAAUGUUUGAAAGCUCAACGCUCUUUCACGAUGUUUCAGAUAACACUUAGCACGUGGACUAGUGAUAUCGGUAUAUUUACUUGUAGUGCCACUAGUACGAGUGCUCGCCGUACUCUGAGACUAUCAUUACACGUAUCUCGAACAACACUACGUAUGCACGGAAUCGCAGAAAACCAUGCAAGCUAUCCUUGUACUCGAACAAACAGUCAACGAAAGGCGAUUUGGCAAAAUCGUUGCGUUUCCCGUCGAGGUGUUCGUUCUACGUGCGCUUCUAUGUUGAGGUCCCGAUCAUUCGUCAAUUGAAACCUAGAAAACGGUGAACUCGACGUAAGUCAAAGGCGAGAUGGUAUGUCAAGCGGGAGCUAAUUCUUCGAGAAGACGUAAGGAGAGAUUAAUUCUGAACUCAACGCGCCGUGAAAGUGUUUAUCAUUCGCACUAGUCGUCAGCUGGAUGUAUACAUGUUAUAUUAAAUAUAAAUAUAUAAAUAUACGUAUAUGUACCCAUGCAUAUACAUAUAUUAACGUUAAGAUGUCGCAAUGAUUCGGGCCUAAGUUUGUCGGAGUUAAUGGAAGACGGAGACACCGAGUGUUGCGCACCUGUCCCUCGAUUUACAUGAUAUAUCAUCGAGUCGUGGUUUCGCAUUAAAAAAACAGUGUAGAUCGAAAAGAACUAAAGGGAUAUAAUUUAGACAGUUAUAUUUAAUUUAAUAAUUACUUCAAACAUUUUUGUAUUACUUUCCCAGGAGAAAGAUCAAUAAAAAAAUACACUAUUUUGUGUUUAAUGUCAAUGUUAAAAUACAAACGGCACUAAAAAAAACAUGACGCAGCAUAGAUACCGUGUAAGUCGGAGGAUAGGUGUAUAUGAAUAAAAAUAUAUGCAUACAAAUAUAUAUGUGGCUGAAUAAAUCCCCGAAGCGAUAAUUGUGUAUUUCUUAAGCCACAGCCGAGUACAGUGUGAUUCCCUCGCUAUUUUCACACAAAGGGCCCACUGGGUCGAUAUAUAAUUAUAUACCACUUCUGUAGUGAACGCUAUGUUCGCCUUUUCUUUCUUUUUUUAUUAUUAUUCAGAGCCGGCGCAAGGCAAAUUCAGCGCGUUCGUCGGAACCCGGCCCCGCGUUUUAAAAGGUCUCGCGGUCUACGAAAAUUACCGAAUUAAAAGGCACCGAUUUUGAUUAACUCUUUACAGACUGAUGAUACCAUUAACAAAUGAAAGCAACUUUUGCUGAGAUGCAAGACAUUUUUUUAGUAACGAUGAUUAAAUUGAAAAGAGUGACAAAAAUCAUCAAAGUAUUGGGUUGUUCAGAAAGUUCGUGGCAAAGUUU